ACCCUAACUCCACUCCUCUCCCCUCUCUCCCCCGAUUCAGAUCCACUCCUCAGCCGCCACCUACCUCCCGCCCCCGAUUCAGCCGAUUCCGCCACCCGCGCCCGCGCGCCACCACCCGCUCCUCCGCCGCUUUUCCUCCGUCCCUGAUGCCUCACUCCUCGCCUUCCGCCGUAGGGCCGCCGUGCUCGUCCCGCCCUCGGCGCCGCACCUCCAUGGCCACCUCCGCUGGCUCCUCGCCUCCACCUCCGCCUCGGGCGGAUGGCCGACAGCGAUGCCGAGAGCUGCGGGCCGCUCGUGGCCGCCGACGACGUGAGGAGGGGGAUCUUCAACCGCCCGCGGGCCACUGGCAACCAGGAGGCGCUCUCUGACCCCUUCUUCGACCGCCCGCUCGAGGACCACUAUGAGCACCUCCCGUCCAGCUACUACAUCGACCUCGACGUGAACAAGGCCGUCGACGUGCUGCUGCACUGCCGAAUCCUCGCAGAGUGCGCCGCGGACCCCGACGAGAUCCACCCGCCCUCUCCCAUGUGUCCGCCCUGUCGUCCGUCCCCAAGGUCACGGAGGUUCUGCUGGAAACAAGUUCAGGAUGUCUCUAGGUCUGCCUGUAGCAGCCACUGUGAACUGCGCUGAUAACACUGCUGUUGCAUUUGGCGGAGCUGCCGCUGCCGCCCCAAAGGGCAACCUUCAUCAGACAUAACCCCAUAAUAGGGCCUCAAGGUCUGGGGAAGAUCUCAGGAUAUGGAUCUGUAUCCUUCUUUGGACACAAAUCAUUCGGCAAGACAUCUACCGAUAGAAAACGCUAUUGUUCCUUUUGAACUGGAAAACAGUGCUGGACCCUCUAUUGAUCAAGAUGGUUCAGAUUUGUCCCCAAGCAUACAGGAGGCUUUGCACCGGUCAACCAUGGACAUAAGAUGCUGGGCUUUCAUGUUUCUUCGUGAGCAUUAGGACAAAGAAGUCGGAGGAAGCAUAGUUCUAGCUCAUUAGAGCUAGUUCUGAGAGUAAUGAAGCCCUUUAUGCUGCUCCUAUUUGUAUGUGUGUUAUAUGAUGUAGCAGAAUCUGGCUCAUGUGAUUGUACACUUGUGGAGCUUGUUAUUUGAUUGUAAACUUGAUGUUGAUCACAUUUGUAUGUGUGUUAUAUGAUGUAGCACUUUGAUGGUUGAUAAUAUUUGAAGUAUUUCGUGU